CUGACGUCCAACUCAAAUUCUUUCAUUGAAAUUCAACUGAGUACCUCGGCAGAAAAUACUGUCAGGGAAACAUACGACGGUUAACCAACGGUUUUAUUAAAUGAAGCCUUUAAAUUAAAUUAAGUCACAGUGGUUUCAGUUAGGCUGCUUUUGUUUUACGCUGUGCACUCGCUAUUGAAUGGAUGAAGACUAGAUGAAUUUGUCCGCAAGGUCAAAUGCACCUUUAUAAAUCCCGAGUCUUGGUAUUCGAAGGUUCAGCAAGGGAGUCUAAUCUGGAGGCUGGCAUUGGUAUAUUAAGAUCGUGUUAAUAUUUGGAUCCCCUACAAAGAGAGCACAUCAGUCCUUAAGGCGACUUUACACUCCUUGACUGAACUAAAAAGGGCUUCAAAUGGGCACUAUUCCCAAUCCACAGAGGACUGUUACUGUUCAGAUGGUAAGCCCUUUGUCUGUUGCCGACCACUUGGGAAGCAAGGAGUCCUAUGAAAAACGGGAUGAAGAACCCAACCUGAAACUGAACAGGGCUUUCAGCACCCCAGCUGAGCACAGGCAGGGCAGUGUGUGCUUGAAGCAGCCAGAUGAUGGUUCAACUAACAAACCGCUGGACUGUGAAAAGCAAAGUCGAGUGGAUAUUUCCACUCCAACCGCUUCUCCUAAUGGGGCGCACAAGGAAUCUGAAAUAAUAAUUGCAAAAGAGCUUGUGUGCAGUGGAGACUCAAAAAACAGGUGUAACAGUGACAUAAAAGAAGACAACAGGGGCAAUAAUAACAAUUUUAGAGUGCUGAGUACAGUUCAUAAGGAGGAUAUUUCUAAUGCAAGCCAGACGCUUAUGAUUAUCUCAUCAAAGGCUGGUUUGCAGGCAGAUAAUAGCACAGUGAAGCUACAAAGUCCUGCAAAGGCAUUUGUAGAAUCAAAAGCACAGGGCUCUAGUACAGAAAUGACUAAAAACCUUCACAAAUGUCAUGAUAAAGCAGAUCCAACUAGAACAUCAAUGCAAGACCAUUGUCUAAAGGAAUCUCUGGAAUCAAAACAGGUUAAAGACAGCAAUACUGGAAUAUCCACCAGCAAAGACAAAUCAUUAUCUGAAAAAUCUAAAGAACUGGUUGACUCUGACACGACUACAUCUGUACAGAUGCAUAAUCCUGAUACAUUAGGAUCCAAGACACAGAGGUCGAAGAUGGAAACAUCAGGUUAUAUUUCAGAAAUCCCUAAGAAUGCGGAAAAUAAACAAACAGAGAUUUUACCUAUAAAACAGCACAAAGACCCGUUGGAGGAUGAUAUAGUAGAUUGGCCAACAAAACCAAUCAGAAUUACAGAUGUGAAAAAGGAAUCAGGCCCUGGAUGUGUUGACAAAGAUUUAAAAACCUUGGAAAGCUUUGAGAGCGCUUCAUUCGAAAAUGUACCAGCCUUCUUGGCACGGGAUGCUGCAGGAUCUGGAGGGCAACAGGGAGGAUUAACUCUUGCACAGAUGGCAGGCCAAGCAGCACAUGCCCACGGUGCCUUGCAAGGUGAAGAGACACAAAACCAACAGGAACACUGCAAGCAGUUUAAGGAAGCUGGAACAAUGACUGUUCGAGCAGAAUGCAGCCCAGUUCCCAUGAAGAAAUGCCAGGAUGUUGAAGUCCAGGCUGUUACCAGUGUCCAGAGUAGGUCAGCAGCCACGAGUCCAUAUCUUUUUCCCCCGGUUUUGCCACAUAUGUUUUGCAGCGAAAUGAAAGAAGAUUCAGAAAAUCUUACUGUUGUCUAUCAUGUGACAGCUGGGUCGCAGGCAGUUUACCAAAUCACCACAGCAGAUGUACAUAAGAAGUCUGUCACGGAGAGUAGUGGCUCAUGCUUCCAACAACAUGCAGUUCCUUCACAAGUUCAUGUGCAUUCUUCACAGAAUACCAGCAACCAGUGCGUGGAGAGUUUGUCUGAGAAAACUACAUUAGAAUCAGAUUUGUCUCAAACUGUAUGUCAGAACAAAGUUCAUCAUUCAGGUUCAGUACUCCUGCAUGAAACUGGUCCAGGAGCAAAGACCAAAGCAACAGGGCAAUAUAUAUGCAGUCCCAAAACUGAUCUUCCAGCUUUACAACCGGUAUAUCAAAUAAAUAUAGAAACUCCCAGCCAAACCAAUCUGAUACCCACUCUUAUGGUGCAGAAUACUGAACACGCAGCCUCACAAAGCCUUAACCAACAAGAGCCCGGAAACAAUAGUCAGGCAGUGCAGAAAUGUAAAAGCAGUCUUUCUGAAAAACCUAUUACAACUAACCAUGCUUGCCAAGUUGCGGCUGACAUAGCAACCGUGCCAACUCAGCCGAGCAAUUCCAAGUGUCAUGCUAAUAGAGCGUCCUCUUCCUGCACACAGGCAGAUCCACCUCAUGGGGAAGUAAGUGAAUCAUUCCAUGUAAAAAAAGAGGAUCCCAAAGCUCUUCUACCACAAUCGAAACCAGGUGGCUGCAGGGAAUCGGCUAAAAAUGAAGAAGAUGGAGAACAGAAGGCUGUCCUAUCAGAAGACAAGACGAAGGUCCAAAUCCAGAAAUGUUCAGAGGACAAGCCAACAGGUCAUUCGGAUCAGUCCAGAAAGGAGACCGAAAAAAAUGCCAACCAACGGAAAAAAGCAGGCGGGCAGCCAAAAGCUUCUAAGAACAUACGGGAUGUUGUAUGGGACGAACAAGGGAUGACGUGGGAAGUUUACGGAGCCUCCCUAGACCCAGAAUCCCUUGGCUUUGCUAUUCAGAGUCAUCUCCAAUGCAAGAUCAGAGAACACGAGAAGAAAAUAAUGUCACAGACUAAAGGGAGAAGAUCCGUUUCUUCUGAAACUUCACCAGGAAAAAAAACGAAAAGGAGGCAGCAGAAUGUUUUCCGGUCGGUUCUGCAAAACGUUAGACGACCCAACUGCUGCAUUCGCCCGCCACCUUCCUCUGUGUUAGACUGAAAGAGAGUAAGGGUUUGCUGAAAGGUUCUGUCUGCAACAGUGUUGUCCUUUUCUGUUGCUUCUCUAUGCUGAGUGAACACAAGGGAAAGGGAUUCUUUCACCAUGUGGUUGGGCUGUUUGUGAAGAACACUAAACAAGACUUGCAAAACAUGCAACAAGAAGCCAUUUUCUCCAGAGGAAGGCAGGAGGGGGAACAGCAAAAUAAGAAAAUGGUGUAAAAGUAUUUUUUAAAACUUAGGUGAGUUUAUAAUUGGAGGAAAAUGAAUAUUUUAUCAGUAUUUAAAGCUAGAAUGCAAUAAUAUGAGAAAAAAAUGCAUGUACUGUAUAUUAGUUCUAAUGUUAGCGAAAUGUGUUUCAUCUCACUUUGGAAUCCAUACCUUUACCUUGUCCUUGCCAUCUCACAUACUUUUGUGUAUCAUCCAGUGGAUAACCUACACAUUACGUGAGUAAAGUAAAAUUAUGUCAGCUUUUUAGAGAAGCAUGUACAUUUGUUAAAUGUUUUUAAGGGUUUCUUGAACAUUUUAAUUUGUUACAAAUUAAUAAGACUUUCCUAAUUGUAGGUUGCCUAGAAUGUGCUGUUUCUUUGACAAAACCGACUGGCAAACAGUUCGUUGUGUGAAACCUACAGUGCUAGAAUACAUAGAAUUCAAUCCUACUUCAGACAUGAGUACGUUAUGGUGGUCUGUUAAAUAUUCUUAUUGUGUUUACCUUUUUAUUAAAAAUAAAGCAAUAUAUCUCUGUGGAUUUAAAUAGUAAAUAAUGGUAACUAUUUCUGAAGCUUACCACCAGUAAUGUCUAAAUGUGCAUCUGCAUUCACUUCCCACCAUUUUUUAUGAAUGCAAAUAAAAUACAUGGAAAUCAAAUGAUAUUUUUAAGAUGCACAUUCUUUCAUGAUGGUUCAGGUGGGUAACUGCGUCAGCAUGCGUAGACUGCAAAGGAACAAGUAAUAGGUUUAUUCCAU